UGGGGCCGGGAGAUGGCAACCGCUCUGUUUAUCGUCCUCUGCGCAGCGGUCGCCGUGGCGUCCUGCGGGCUCCUGGAAUUCGGAACCAUGAUCCAUGAAGUCACGGGAAGGUCCGCGAUAUCGUUUUAUGCGUUCUACGGCUGCCACUGCGGGUACGGAGGGUACGGGCAACCCAAGGACCAGAUAGACUGGUGCUGCCACAAACACGACUGCUGCUUCGCUCGGAUGUCGCUGCUGGGAUGCAGACCGAUGACCAGACGUUAUCACUACGACUUCACGGACGGCAGCCUGACCUGCGAUUCUCCUAAAAACGACGACUGCGCCAGGCUGGUGUGCGAGUGCGACCGGGACGCCGUCCUCUGCUUCAAGCAACACGACGACAAGUAUUCUAGGAAAUACACCUUUUACGCAAAGAAGCUGCGCUGCCGAGGACCCACGCCAGCCUGCGCGUACGACGCUCUCCCCGAUAACUAAACCCAUAACCGAGUCAUCGACAACAACAAACUGAGACGCUGGAAACGGGGA